GUACUUUUUCCCCUUUUUUUGAGUUUUACUGCAUCCUGCAUGGAUUUGUCUUCGCAGGGGCAAACUAAUCUUCAAUUAAAGUCACGAAUCCUUCUUUCUUGCUAAAGAUUAUUUUUAAGAAUUUGGAUGAAACUUGGUUAGUGACAACCAUCGCCCAUUCCGUUAUGCUUUCUUCGCGUUCCAUUUCUAGGAAGAACACCAGGGGCUUUUGGAGACGACCACGACCCGUCGACUGACCUGGAGAUCUUUCUUUCUUGUUUCUGGUGCAAGGCUUUAGUGCAAUUCUUCUUCUUCUUCUUUCGUCAGCAACCUUUUUUUUCUUCUUCACUCGACGGCUGCGACGGUUUCUUUGUUGUUUUUCUUUUGGCUGGAAGCAUCAUUCUCUUUUUUUGGUGUGACUUUCUUCUAACUUUGUGCCAAAUUCUUCGAGUCGUAUUCCUCUGCUUUUGAUUUGAAGUUUCCCAAUGAGCUCUUAAAAUGGAGCAGCAUUCGAAUUUUCCAAAUGAGCUUCUAAAAUGAAGCAGUAUGCUAAAUCCUUUGAAAUGAGCUCCUAAAACGGAGCAGCAGCAACCGCCAAAUUCUUCUAACUAAGCUCCUAAAACGGAGCAGCAUGAGGGGUGGAUCCACAGUGGGGUCAAUGGGGUCACACGACCCCUUGGAAGCCAUGAAAAUAACCUUGGAGCUGCUGGUGCGACCUCUUGGAGCUGCACACCACGUGGUCGACGAAAUGUCUGAAAGAAGAAGAAAGAGUUCGCUUGCAGGUUAAAGAAGAAGGAGGCUGCUGGCGCGUUGAUAGCCUCCUCAAACUUUGAAAGAGAACUCGCAGCCUUCGGUCUUGACCAAGCAACAAGCAAAAUGCCGAAGCAGAUCCAUGAGAUCAAGGAUUUCCUUCUAACUGCAAAAAGGAAUGAUGCCCGCAAUGUCAAAAUCAAGAGGACCAAGGAUGCUGUCAAGUUCAAGGUUCGGUGCUCCAAGUACCUUUACACACUUUGUGUGUUUGAUUUCGAGAAGGCCGACAAGUUGAAGCAAUCUCUUCCUCCAGGUUUGAACGUUCAGGACCUUUGAACAAGGAUUUUGGAGUAGCUGGUUGCGCUAUCCUACCAAGACUCGAUGAAAUGACGAUAUGCAUGCCGUUUCUAUUAAAAAAAAAUUGCGCGCUGCGCGCUAUCCUUAUUGACCCCCUAACAUUAUUUCCUGGAUCCGCCACUACAGCAGUAACCAUUUUAACUUCGAACUGAGCUCCUAAAACAGGGCAGCAACAACUGUUUCAACUUCGGCAGCUCUCGUGGCUGUUGUUCUCACGGCGGAGGACUUUGUUUAUGACCUUUUUUUUUACGCCGUCGGUGAGAAAAAUGGAGCACGUUGUAACGCUAGGCUGGAGGACGGCAUGGCUGCUACGACCGUUGGUGUUGUUGAAGCGAUGGUGUUCGGCAAUCUCUUGCAGGAGAGCGGGAGAUUAGGAAAGGAUUUGGGCUAGCUUUCUUUAGAACCCCUACCUCUAUUUGUGCUUCAGGGAAUGGGAGAGAUUUGAAGAAGCACAAUGCUUCCCCUUUUUCUGCAAAGUGGAGAGGAACAACCAAGAAAAAUAACAGAAAAAAAAACAAAUGAUUUUAUACCUUUGAGUGCUUUGAAUGCUUGUUGCUUUCUUUGUUCCGUUUCUCUAUUUUUUUCUUCGUUGUCUUCUUCUCUCAAUGUCUCCUUGAACUUCCGCAACACUUCACUCCUUUGAUUUCUCUUUUAAUUUCUGCAGAAUC